AUGCCGAUGUCAUCGCUGACCUUCUGGCCCAGCAUUUUCGUCCUUGGCUUUGUCAGCCACCGAGUAAGCCAUCAUCCCACUGAGAUACCUGGCCAUGACCCAGGAAUUUUCCCCGGAAGCCAAGAAGUGGCGGAGGUCUUCUCUCUCGCUGCUGACGCCGUGGAACCGAUCGAGCCCGAUGUAGCCGUGGUGCCCUUCGCGGCCUUGCCCGCCGAAGGUGCCAGUGAGGAGGAUACCGUCGACCUUGAGCUGCAUGCAGAUGCUCAGGCGCGGUGCCUCCGGAGCCGCCUUGCGCCCACGGCCGCGGCACUUCUAAGGUGGUUGGAAGAGGAUUGCACAAAGGCCUCUGGGCCUCUUUCGGCAACGGCCGCCUCUGGUCUCCUGGUCCUUCUGGCCCUUGCAGACAUCGCCGUUGCCGUGAAGAUGUCUUGGAGUUUGGUCCGCUGGCUCACACACCCCGCCAAGAGAGUUAAGGAGACGCCGAAGGAGCCGAACAGGCUACCCCCCCGGCCGCAGUUUUUUGAAAUUCACUCGGAGGGCGAGGAUGACGGGACGCCGCGGAGACCAAAGAAGGCGAAGGAGUUGGAAGCUGCGCGCCUCAAGUUGGCCGAGCAGGAGAAGGAGCUCCUGCAGCAACGAGCUGUCGCUUCGUCCCUGCAAGAGGAGCUUACGCAACAGAAGCUCGCGGCAGCUGCCCUGCAGGAGGAGUUGUUGCAGCUGCGAGUCCGCACACGGGCCGCGCAGUCUGAGGCGACCCAGACUGAUGCCGAAGCGGUCCUGGAGGCGGAGCUGCAAGUGUCGCGAAAGGAACUCUCCGAAGUGCAGAUGGAGAACUUGUCGCUAAGGGCAUCGUUGGAGGACCGGGCCAAUGAGAAGAAGGCGCUCCUCCAGGAGCUGGCAGAUCAGAAGGCGUCUAUGGCCGAACUCGCGGCCAAGACCCAGAAGAAGCUCGUGGCGGCUGCAGAGGAAAAGCGCGACUUGCGGCGGGAGCUCGAUCUGAUGAAAAGCCCGACGAAGAAGCCAUCGUCAUGGUGGUGA